UGUUUGACAUUUGGACAAGAGAAUCCGUGUUUUGUUGUCGUGAGCGUGACCUCUCUCUCUCUCUCUCUUUGCCACUUGUGAGUGCGCGCAGGCGCAGUGGGGGGGACGGGGGGUAGCAGGUCUGACGCGGGAGGACGCGGGCACACAGCAGCUGAUAAGCGGCUUUAAUUAGGCUCAUUUGGCCUCGUUGGGCUCCGGGGAGCGAGUGUAAGGAAGGAAUACACCCCGCCCAGGGAGGACUCUCCACCCGGACACUUUCCCCUCACACCGCCCGGUGGCUUCGGAAACUUUUCCGCGCUUCCUUAAAAUGUCAUUUUUUCCCCAAAAAAUCACUUUUCUCCGUUUCGGCCACACGGUGACGCUGUAGCCGCUGUCUUUUCAACCCUCAAAUAGGACGGCUUUUUGGGACACUUUUACGCGCCGGGGUGCGUCCCGGAAGAUGAAACUCCACCACCACCACCACCACCCCCGUCCUUCAUGAGAGGCCGGGACAGAGGCGAGGAGCCGCGGCCGUGGAGAUGACGGUUAACGUGAGCGCGGCCGUAGGGUCCUCGGGGGAACCUCCCAGGGGUCACAACGUGGCGGCGCUGGUGUUCGGUGUGCUGCUGAUCGUGGUGAUCAUCGGGGGGAACCUGCUGGUGUGUGUGAGUGUGUGGAUGGAGAAGGCCCUGAAGACCACCACCAACUACUUCAUCGUCAGUCUGGCCGUGGCAGACCUCAUGCUGGCUGUCCUCGUCCUGCCCCUCUUCGUCUACUCGGAGUUCCAGGAGGGCGUGUGGACGCUCAGCACGGGCGUGUGCGACGGUCUGAUGACUAUGGACGUGAUGCUGUGCACCGCCUCCAUCUUCAACCUGUGCGCCAUCAGCGUGGACAGGUUCAUCGCCGUGCUGAUCCCCCUCAACUACAACAGGAAGCACGUGGACCUGCGCCAGGCCGUGCUGCUGUCGGCCACGUGGAUCCUGGCGUUGGCGGUGGCCUCGCCCGUCAUGUUCGGCAUCAACCAGGUGGCGGGCCGCGACCCCGGCGAGUGCAAGCUGGAGAACGACGACUACGUGUUGUACUCGUCCGUGUGCUCCUUCUUCAUCCCGUGUCCCAUCAUGCUCCUGCUCUACUGCGGAAUGUUCCGCGGACUCCGGCGCUGGGAGGAAGCCCGCAAGGCCAAGCUGAGGAGCAGCAUCCAGGCCUGCCGCAAGCUGCAGGAGGCCGCCGCCUCCUUGCCGCCGCUGCCCCCGCCCCUCCCCCCCGUCAUCCAGCGGGAACCCGCCGACACGCCGGACGAACUCUCCCCCUUGUCGUCCGCCGAGAGACCUUUACCCCCCGCCGGGCGCAGGGAUGGCGACGUGGCCACCGUCAGCUUGGCGGACAUCAACUUCAAGUGCGAGCCUCGCAGCAGGAAGGCAGCCAAGAUCAACAGCAGGGAGAGGAAGGCCAUGAAGGUCCUGCCUGUGGUCGUAGGCGUCUUCCUGCUCUGCUGGACGCCGUUCUUCGUCCUCCACACGCUGAGAGCUCGCUGCCGAGGUUGCCGCGUGCCGGCGGCGGCCAUGAGCGUGGUGACGUGGUUGGGCUACGUCAACAGCGCCCUCAACCCCAUCAUCUACACCAUCUUCAACACCGAGUUCAGGAAGUUCUUCAAGAAGUUCCUCCGCCACUGCUGCUCCUUCCACGCCACGUGAGGCAGGGACUUCUUUAGUUAUGACAAAAUGUUCAACUUGUGUCCUUCAGCAAAGCUCCUGAGAUCAUGCUAGUCCACUUGUAGUUGGCCUUCAUGGCCACCAGAGGCCGCUGUCUUUGCACCUCAAGUCCAUCUUGGAAAUAAAUACAAAUGUCUCCAGGCAA